AUGCGUAUCUUGCAAGCAGUUGGUAUUUCUUCUGCGUGGGCUAUUGGCGCUGGGUCGGUUGCGGAUGUUUAUGAGGUGCACGAACGCGGCAACGCCCUUGGCAUCUACUUCACUGGUCAAUUUGCAGGUCCACUUUUUGGUCCCAUCAUUGGCGGUUAUCUUGUUGAAAGAUGGGGAUGGCGAUCGGUAUUCUGGCUAUUGUUUGUCAUUGGAUGUCUUUUGCUGCUUCUCAUUAUAUUUGCCAUGGAAGAAACUUAUCGCGAUGAAAAAGUAUGGGGAAAACAUGGUGGCCUCAAGGAAAAAGAACCAGAUGAAAAAUCAGACGAGACUGCGAUAGAUCAAAAAAUGAUUAAUCCGCUGGCUUCCUUGGCACUUUUGCGGCAUCCUUUCGUUUUGAUCUUUGCCGUGGCCACAGGUUUUGCUUUCGGUGGCAUGUUUGCUAUCGAAAACAUGCUACCACCGCUUUAUACCCAGACGUAUGGCCUGAGCUCAGGCAUUAUUGGUCUCACGUUCAUAUCCCCUGGUUUGGGUGAAGUCAUUGGUUCUCUUAUUUCUGGUAGACUUUCAGACUAUUUCCUGAACCGAGCUCGUUCAAAACGGCAUGGCGUCGCCAUCCCUGAAGAUCGUCUGGCGCCCAAUGUGUGGCCCGCUGCUUUCAUAUUGAAUCCUUUAUCUUUCUUUCUGUGGGGUUGGCCGGUGCAAUUCGGAUGGAGUGUCUGGGUGUCUAUUAUCAUGUUCGGUGUGCAAUGUUUCGCUAUGGUUCAAAUUUUCAAUCCUGCCAUGUCUUAUCUUGUGGAUGCUGUAUCUGAUCGUGGUGCCAGUGUGACGGCCGCUGCGAAUUUAGUCCGUAUGAUAUGGUCUUGUGUGCUCAGUCUUAUUGCCAAUCCCAUGACAGCUGCGGUAGGACCAGGAUGGGUGACCUUUUUCUUUGGAAUGCUGAAUUUAUUUUGGGCAUUUCUACUCUUACUAAUGAAAUUGAAGGGCGAAAAAAUCAGAAAAUACUCUGGCUACUAA